UUGAGAAACACUGUUUUUCACUAAAGAAUAAACGGGCCAACCUUUGCAAGAGUUGGGAUUUCUAACCUGUCUUCCACAAAGACUCACAAAUAGGCAGAACAUGAAUUUAUUGGUUACUAAAAUUGUGGUUAUUGAUUGCUUCAGCGCAAAAAAUAAUUCUGAAAUGCUUGGAUUAGCUAUUCUGAGUUGCAAAAGUCUGGACAACCAAGACUUAUGUACCUCUUUUUUAUUGGCUUGGUGUUGUUUUAAUAUUUGCAAUCCUAGCAAACACUGGCGGAAAGUGAUUCAGAUUCUAGGUGACUCCUUCCCAUACAAAUUGGUUGCAAAGAAAAUAGACUUACCUGAGUACCAAGGGGAGCCUGAUGAUAUUUCUAUACAGAAGUGCCUGGAAGCAGCUAAGCAGAUUCAGGGACCAGUUAUAGUAGAAGAUACCUGUUUGUGUUUCACUGCUCUUGGAGGUCUCCCAGGGCCAUAUAUAAAAUGGUUCCUAGAAAAGCUAAAGCCAGAAGGUCUCUACAAACUCUUAGCGGGAUUUGAAGAUAAAUCUGCUUACGCUCUCUGCACCUUUGCUUUCAGCACUGGAAAUCCAGAUGAUCCUGUAAAGUUAUUCAAAGGCCAAACUCAAGGGCAUAUAGUUGAACCAAGAGGACCUCGAGAUUUUGGAUGGGAUCCUUGCUUCCAGCCAGAAGGCUGCACAGAGACAUAUGCUGAAUUGCCCAAGACUGUGAAGAACUCUAUUUCUCAUCGUUACAAAGCCUUGAAAGAGCUGUCUGCCUAUUUUGUUCAACACCACAACCCAGCAGAGAGCCUAUCUGGUUAACCUGUGUGGAUCUGUGAAAUGUUCUUUUUUUAAAUAUAAAAUU